CUACUGCUAAGUGCUAAGGUAGUCACCGCACACCAAAGUUCAUUCACGCGGAAAAAAGAAUUCUAUCAUUCCCCAUUGCCCAAUUUCUCUCUUCUUGAUUUGCUCGUUCUUGUUCCUCAAGUAAAAAGCCGUACUCUGUUCAUCUGAAUCCUUCUCUGCACCGUAUUUCUGCCGUUUCAGGUCAUGUAACUGAGAAUCAUUUUCAUCAUCUUCUCUUCUCUCUGCUUUCUUCCCGCCUUCGGCGUCUUUUUUCUGAAUAAUGUAAAUUGGGGAUUGAAGCCCGUUUCUUGCUUUUGCCUUUCGCUGUUUGGUUGAUGUUCAUUUCCCUGCUGCUUCUGUUCUGAAGCCGAGUGUUUAUAUUUGAAAUUAUGGAUUCUCGCUAAUCUCGCUGUCUUUUCCUGUUCUCCUGGACGGUGGGACUAUUUUGUCAAUGCCCAUUUGCUUUCAGUUGGUCUGAAACGUUCCGAAUGCAGCUUGUGAAUAUGGGUUUUCGUUAAUUUUUGAAGUCUUGCUUUUGAAGCGCUGAUGCUCUUUUGAUUUUGCAUUGAUUUUAGUCUUCUUUAGGAUGUAAAUCCCUCCCACAUAACCAAGAUCCAGUGUUCCUACUCACUUAGUACUUGUUCCUACUCUUCUGGGUGGAAUUAUUUGACUGAUUCCCAAUAAAAUACUUCUGAUAAGAAAUACACUUGUCGGGGAUUUUAGCUUUUGAUUAUCAGAGUGACUGUUCGUUUUGAUCUGAAAUGAUGAAGGUUCGUUAGCCCAGAUUACCGUCGUUACAAUGAAAAAUUCCACCCUUGUCUCUAUGUUUGAUGUAGAGUCUAGAGGAAUUAGGCUCACUCCUAAUUGAUUCAUUUUUUGAUUUGUUCAUUUGUAGCUAGCAUUAAUAUACCCACUAUUCUUUACAAACACUCUUAAAGAUGUAAAGUUCUGUUAACUUCAUUCAACUUUUUAGCGUUGCAGAAGGUAACUAAAUGUAUUGCUUUCAAUUUUCCCACCUUUUGUUCAAUAUCUAUGAGAUUCUAGAGUUGUUUGUUUCCCUGUCCAUAAGAUAUCCCAAGUUAUUAGUUAUGGAAUCUUAAUGAUCAUGUUGGCCUCUCGAGUUCUGUUAACUUGAUUAUGGUUUAGCUUACAUGUUACCACUUCAGUUUGUCUCUUAAAUGUUACUUCCAGCCUCAUACACUUAAUAUCUCAAAAGAAAAGGGGAAAAUUCCGCUCACAUACCUUCUUGUUCACGAAAUAUUCGUUCAACAUGGAAGAAACAUUUUUUCCAUUUCGUGGGAUUAAGAAUGAUAUAAGAGGAAGACUUCUAUGCUACAGACAGGAUUGGACUGGCGGCUUUCGCUCUGGUAUCAGGAUCUUGGCCCCAACAACCUACAUAUUCUUUGCUUCAGCAAUUCCAGUUAUAUCAUUUGGGGAGCAGCUAGAAAGGAAUACAUAUGGGACUCUGACUGCAGUACAAACUCUAGCAUCAACAGCACUUUGUGGCAUCAUCCACUCAAUCUUUGGGGGACAGCCUCUUCUCAUCCUUGGGGUCGCUGAACCAACUGUUUUGAUGUAUACAUUUAUGUUCGACUUUGCAAAGGACCGAAAGGAACUAGGACAGGAACUAUUCUUAGCCUGGACGGGAUGGGUAUGUGUAUGGACAGCCAUAUUGCUUUUCUUGCUGGCUGUGCUGGGUGCGUGCUCGCUGAUCAACAGGUUUACGCGUGUUGCUGGAGAAUUGUUUGGUCUGCUGAUUGCUAUGCUCUUUAUGCAGCAGGCGAUACGUGGUGUUGUGGAGGAAUUUGGCAUACCUCAGAGGGAAAAUCCUAAUCAGGUGGCACUUCAACCUCCUUGGCGCUUUGGCAAUGGAAUGUUCGCUUUAGUGCUGUCCUUCGGGCUUCUACUAACUGCACUUAAAAGCCGCAAGGCUAGAUCAUGGCGCUAUGGGACUGGCUGCUUACGGGGCAUUAUCGCGGAUUAUGGGGUCCCACUUAUGGUGCUCGUAUGGACUGCAUUAUCUUAUAUUCCAGUUAACGAUGUCCCACUAGGGAUCCCAAGAAGGCUUUUCAGUCCCAAUCCAUGGUCUCGUGGUGCCUACACAAAUUGGACGGUUAUAACGGAAAUGUUGAGAGUGCCUCCAUUGUAUAUAGUUGGAGCAUUCAUACCAGCAACCAUGAUAGCAGUUCUCUACUACUUUGAUCACAGUGUUGCAUCUCAACUUGCCCAACAGAAAGAGUUUAAUUUGAAAAAGCCAGCUUCAUAUCAUUAUGAUCUUCUUCUCCUAGGUUUCCUUGUCAUACUUUGUGGACUUAUAGGCAUACCACCUUCCAAUGGUGUAAUUCCUCAGUCUCCGAUGCACACAAAAAGCUUAGCUACCCUUAAACAUCAGCUUUUGCGGAACAAGCUGGUAGCAGCAGCACGACAAAGUUUCCGUAAAAAUUCGAACUUGAGUCAAUUAUACAGGAACAUGCAAGAGGCAUAUAAUGAGAUGCAGACUCCUUUAAUUUACCAAAAUCCACCAGCUGUGGGGCUGAAGGAGUUGAAAGAUUCCACAAUCCAGCUUGCUUCAAGAACUGGCUACAUUGAUGCCCCUGUUGAUGAAACUAUUUUCGAUGUUGAUAAAGAUAUUGAUGAUCUCCUGCCGGUGGAGGUUAAAGAACAGCGUCUCAGCAAUUUGCUGCAGGCAAUAAUGGUUGGUGGUUGUGUUGCUGCCAUGCCUCUUUUAAAGAAGAUCCCGACUUCAGUCCUUUGGGGCUACUUUGCUUUCAUGGCAAUCGAGAGCUUGCCCGGAAAUCAAUUCUGGGAAAGGAUUUUACUGCUUUUCACUGCUCCGAACCGAAGAUACAAGGUGCUGGAGGAAUAUCAUGCAACCUUCCUAGAAACUGUCCCCUUCAAAACAAUUGCCACCUUCACCCUGUUUCAGACAGUGUAUCUACUGAUGUGUUUCGGUUUAACCUGGAUUCCGAUCGCUGGCGUUCUUUUCCCACUGUUGAUCAUGCUCCUUGUCCCCGUGCGGCAGUAUGUGCUCCCAAGGUUUUUCAAAGGUGCACAUCUUCAGGAUUUGGAUGCUGCAGAAUAUGAGGAAGCCCCUGCAAUCGCUUUUAACCCGUCAUUCGAAGAUCGUGUGGGAAUAACUCCCAACAUCGACGAUGGUGAAAUACUCGACGAGAUGAUCACAAGAAGCCGUGGUGAGAUUCGGCGUACGCAGAGUUCAAAAGUGACAAGCUCAACUCCGAGUUCUGUAGAGGGCACCAAACCCGGCUACUACAGCCCACAGAAACUGUACAGUCCUCGGAUCAGUGAGCUGAGAAGAGAGAGAAGUUCUCUAUCUCCUGGAAAAGGACUCGACUUGAAGCCAAGUCCUAGCCCAGAACCAGGAACAGGGCCAGGACCAUCAUUUAGAAAGUAGCCUACUUCUUCAUCAUCAUCAAGCACUUGUAAGUGGUAUUUUCUACUGGGUUUUAAUAUUGUUAAUUGUGUUCGAGAGGCCUUUAAUCUUGCUUAAGUGCAGCCAAGUGCUGCUUAAUAUGGGUAUUGUCUCUUUCUUCUCUUUUUUUCUGUUUAAAUAAACGAAGGAAAAACAUACAUAUAUACUGUUGUUUAUGUAGUUUUGUCAUAUAGGAUUUAUCUGAAUGUUUAAAAAGGAGAUAUGAUGUUCUUUGCUUCCA